AUGUUCGGAGAAGAUAAACAUCUAAUUUUAAAAACUUAAGAAGGAUAAUAAGAAAAAGGUAAACUGUAUUUAGGCAAUAUAUGGGCUGCUGAAAAUCUUAUAAACCAAAAUGACGAAUAGAUAAAAGCAAUUUUAACAGUAGCUUCAAAUACAAAUUUAGUUUAUGACCCAUAAGAAUUUAGACAUAAAAUUAUUGAAGCAAAUGACGAUCCUUCUUUUAAUCUUAGCCCAAACUUUGAUGAAGGAGUUAGAUUUAUAGAUGAGCAUUUGUAACAGACUAAUGUUUUAGUACAUUGUUUUGCAGGAGUUUCAAGAAGUACUACAUUAGUUUUGGCAUAUUUAAUGAAACAUCACAAUAUUGGAUUAGAUGAUGCCUUAAAAUUAGUUAGACAAAAAAGGCAAAUUGCUGGUCCAAAUUAUGGGUUUAUGAAGUAGUUAAAAGAAUAUGAAUAAAAAUUGAAAGCAAAGUAAAAUUAAUGA